AGUCGUUUCAAAUUUAAAGCUUUAAAAGCGGUUCUGGCACGCGACACUCACUGUGCAAUAAACAGCGAUGUCUCCGAGAGAGUACCCUAAAGUAUGGAGUCGGUUCGAGAGGCAAGUGGAAGAUACUACGCUCAAGUUUGAGAUAGAAGAUAUACCAGAGUCUAUGUGGAGUACCGCCGUGGAGUUUAUGCUCGGUAACUACAUUAGAGAGGAUGUUUGGUGGGCCACCGCUGGCACGGCGCGCGACCUGGAGGCGGUGCAGGAGUACCGCGUGCUGCUGACGUCGAUCAUUAGGCAGAAAAUGUCACUGGCGUGCUUCCUCGCCGAGGGCGACGGCUCGGGACACACACUGGUCGCCGUCAAUAUGUGCCUACCACAGGAAAAGUCACGCUUCGUUGACCACAACCCGCCGAAAACGAAGGCCGGGUUGGUGUCGCUGCGCAUGUUCGCGGAGGCCAUGAAAGUGACAGCGAUUUAUGAUAAAUAUAAUGUGAAUGAAUAUCUCAUGGGGGCCGGCCUUUCCGUCGCUACCGAAUACAGAGGACUCGGGAUCGCUGUAGAAGUACUUAAAGCGAGGAUGCAACUGGCGAAGGAAUUAGGUUUUCGCGCCACUGGUGGAAUAUUCACAAGUGCUCCUUCUCAGAGAACGGCCGAGAAGGCAGAUAUGGAGUGUUUGUACCAGAUCCCAUACAAACAGUUCGGGAAGCAAUGCAAUAUCAAGUUCGACACCAAGACAGAAUACAUGAAGAUAUUUGGCGUUAGCACCUCGUGAGAUUCAUACUUCAUUCAUGUGUGUUUGUUUAUUGAAUAACAAUUCUAAAACCAUUUCGAAAUAUAAUAUUUUCUUAUA